AUGACUAUGGGUCUCACCCUGAUGGCUUCCUCCCCCACUAACCUCGUCGCCUAUUCCGAUGCCGAUUGGGCAGGCUGCCCAGAUACUCGUCGAUCCACCUCCAGCUACUCUGUCUACCUCGGGCCCUCGCUGAUAUCGUGGUCGUCUAAACGACAACCCACAGUUUCUCGCUCGAGUGCUGAGGUGGAGUACCGGGUUGUGGUUAACGCCGUUGCGGAGUGCUCCUGGUUAUGUCAGCUGCUUCAGGAGCUGUUGUGUGAGGUUCCCAAGGCCACGGUUGUCCACUGUGACAACGUCUCAGCGUUCUACCUCUCGGCCAACCUUUUUGGCAUUUUUGGUCUGGCUGCUCUGACCAAGUCGGUAAAUACAUGUGAAGAUAAAGGUUAUGGUGCAAGUGCAUAUGCUGUGCACUGGGACCCCGAUCAUCCACAUUCAGAAGAAAACGGUUUUGGUAUGAGUGCAUAUGUUGUGGACUGGGACCCCGAUCAUCCACAUUCCGCUUCUGAUGUUCCCGAAGCAACGGCAAAACACCAUCAGAUAAAAGUUCAAACUGGCAUGUUGUUCCUGAAGAAAAAUCUGCAUGUUGGCACUGUACUUCCGAAAGGAACCACUUUUUCCCGAGCCGGUGCACCAAAGCCUGUCGAUUCCAUCUCUACUCCGUUGAAGUCGAAGCACUUGCGAACCAUCCUUGCGCAUUUCAAGAUUCAUCAUGGGUCGAUGAAGGCGAAGCAGGUAGCUGACACCCUUGAAUCAUGCGGCAAACUGGAUGACAAGGAGGAGCCUCACAUGUGCUUCACAUCUCAUGAAGCAAUGGCAAGGUUUGCCACCAAAGCAUUAGGAGCAAGCGGUGCACAUGCAGCCAUUACAAGGAUUCAUGGGCAUGAGACCCCCAACUCCAUGUACGCCGUUGCACAGAUCGCCCAACUCAGCAGCAAUGUGGUGCCAUGCCACCCCAUGGAUUUUCCGUAUGAGGUUUUCUACUGCCAUCGGCCGAAAGAGGUGCAGGCACUGAGGGUGCAACUCAAGGGCUUGAAAGAUGGAAUGCCGCGCGUGACGGCGACAGCCAUGUGCCACAUGAACACAUCUGAUUGGGACGGGCAGUACUUUGAGCUGUUGGGCGGGGAGCGUGGCGAAACCAUUUGCCACUACAUGCCAACAAACUACAUAAUGUUCUACUAUUAG